AUGGCUGAAAAAGAGGCCAGCAUCUUCAUCAUUGACCUUGGCUCGUCCAUGGCACAGAGCAAUAAUGGACGCUCAGAAUCAGACCUAGACUGGAGUAUGCGAUACGUGUGGGACAAAGUCACAGACACGGUUUCCGCAAAUCGCAAGACGUUGUGUAUUGGUGUCGUGGGGCUGCGCACGGAUGAGACCAACAACAAGUUGCAGGAGGAUGAAGGUUACGAGAAUAUUUCCGUGCUGCAGGAACUUGGCCCAAUGGGCAUGACUGCUCUGCGAGAUCUGCAGUCUUCCAUUGCGCCAAGCAGCACCUCGACGGGCGAUGCAAUUUCUGCCAUCGUUGUCGCUGUCGACAUGAUGGCAACAUUUACUAAGAAGCUCAAAUGGACGCGGAAGAUAUACCUGGUCACAGAUGGACAGGGGGCCAUGGAUGCCGAUGACGUUGAUGAUAUCGCCAAAAAGAUUAACGAUUCCAACAUCCAACUGACAAUUUUGGGUGUGGAUUUUGACGAUGAAGAGUAUGGUGUGAAAGAGGAAGACAAGCCUCCCCAAAAGGCUGAAAACGAGCAAACAUUAAAAACACUGGCCAAUGCUUGUACUGAUGGCGUCUUUGCUUCCAUCGGCGAGGCCAUUGACCAGCUCGACACACCCAGAGUCAAAUCUGUUAAGCCGUAUAAGACUUACGACGGCUCUCUUACUCUCGGAGAUCCAGAAAAGUUCCCAGCAGCCAUGAACAUCAAUGUCGAGAGAUACUUUAAGACGCACCUAGCUCGCCCUUUGGCGGCCAGCACAGUUGUGGUCAAGCCAGAACAAGGCGGGUCACAAUCCACCGAAACUGUCGACGGUGGUGAUAUGGAAGGCAUUGAAUUUUCUGCCGUCAAGCAGAACCGAUCAUACAAAGUGAAUGAUGCUGAUGCGCCAGGCGGAAAGCGAGACGUAGAAUUCGAAUCCCUCGCCAAGGGCUUCGAGUACGGCAGAACAGCAGUCCACAUAAGCGAGUCCGAACACAAUAUCACGAAGCUCGAGUCUGUGAAGAGCUUCACAAUCAUUGGCUUCAUUCCUUGGAAUAAGUAUGAAUUGUUUCUCAAUAUGGGCGAGGUGUGCGUUACCCACGCCCGUAAGUUUGAUGAGAAGUCCGAAUUGGCACUUUCUUCCCUCGUAUGGGCACUCAAUGAAGUUGAGUCAUAUGCCAUCGCACGUCUUAUUACCAAGGAUGGUAAGGACCCUCAGUUGGUUCUAUUGGCACCACACAUUGAGCCAGAUCUGGAGUGUCUAUAUGACGUGCCGUUACCUUUCGCCGAGGACAUCCGCAGCUAUCAAUUUCCACCAUUAGACAGGGUUGUUACAAUUACUGGACAGACGCUAAAAAGCGAACAUCGGUUCCUACCUUCGGAUGAUCUCAACGUGGCUAUGAGCGAUUACGUUGAUGCGAUGGACAUCUCGACCUAUGAGGUCGACGAUGACGGGGAACCGUCCGAGUAUGCCCCAAUCGAGGAGACUUAUAACCCAUCAAUCCAUCGUAUCAAUCAUGCCGUGAAGAACAGGGCGAUACAUCCAGACGGCUCUUUGCCGCCUGUUCCACCAAUCUUGCUACAAUUCUCGUCUCCCCCCGAAGACCUCCUAGCGAAGAAUAAAGACGCGAUUGAGGCUUUAAUUGAGGCUUCUGACGCGAAGGGUAAGCGACGAAGAGAUGCGGUAAAGCCAAUUUCUGGCUUAGAUGUGGAUGCUCUCUUGGGUGAUGACAAGGGCACAAUCAGCCCAGAAAACCCAGUUCCAGACUUCAAGAAUGCAAUCGGAACAACCGAGUCGGAGAGCGAAAUCGAAGAUGCCGCCAAGCAGAUGGGAGACAUUAUCCGCUCUCUUGUGACGGAAAGCUUUGGAGACAGCAAGUAUGACCAAGCAAUGGAAUGCAUUGGCGUAAUGCGAGAAGAGUUGAUCAACAUCGAGGAGCCAACAUUCUUCAACUCGUUCAUCCGCAAUUUCAAGAAGGCAUUGCUCUCGGGAACUCUGGGUGGUGACAGAAGAGAUUUCUGGUUUAAGAUUCGCUAUGGAAAACUCGGGUUGAUUGACAAGACCCAAGCAGAUACAUCUGAUGUCACUUUGGAUGAUGCAGACCAAGUAAGCCGAAAGCAGCCAUCCGCCCCCUUGCAUUGA